GUGUGUCUAUGUAUGUGUCAGUGUUAGUGUUAGUGUUAGUGUGUGCGUGUGCGUGUAUGUGUAUGAGUGUAUGAGUGUAUGUGUGUAUGUGUUUUAUUAUAUACACUUCAACUUCAUCGUCCAUCUGUCGUUCGGAGUAAGAUUAACAUUCAUUUUAACCAUGUGGAUAUUUUAAAAACUUCCUUUUUGCUGAAGAAUGACACUGUCGCUGAUCUGUUCAACACAACACAACACAACACAACACAAGACUUAAUAGUUAUUUUUAAAUGAAUUUCCUUCUUCAAGGUAACGGAUGUUUAGACCAACUGAAGAUACUCUCUUGAAUCAACGUUAAAAACAGAUCUUAUCGCUUCUGCACGGAGAUAAGUUGUUGUUUCGUCACUGGGAAUUCAUGAUGUUUGUUUAUUUGUGUUUGAGUAUGAGUUUGUUUGCAUGGGGCUGGACAUCCCAUUGACUGACUGUUUACGAAGGUUUCUUAGAAAUUGCUGAUCAACCCCGAGCUUAUGCUUCAGAUAUGAAUGUGUAAUUUGAAGAAGUGAUCUUAAAGCAGAGAACAAUCAAAGACUGGCAAAAUGCUGAAGACUCUCACUAAAAAACUCAGAAGACACUCUCUAAACGAAAUCCACCCUUUCCAACUUAAGAUUUCCUACCAUGGCAGCGAAGAGGGAGGAGAGAGUGAAGACUCGGAGGGUGAAAACCAAGAACUAGCCCAGAUCGACAGAGAGCACAGGCGAAACUGCACCCGGACCCCUCUAGCCACCAGUCAACAGCACAAUCAAGGCAUGCUGUCUCCCUCCCAUCUACGCCGUCUCCGUCUUCUGCUGGACACCACCCUGGAUCGUCACAGUUCUGAAGAGGAACUGGAGCGCAUUGCUGGAGCUACAGUGGCAGAGGCAGGACGAAAGUGGCACAGGCAUGGAGACAUGAGCAGUGCCUCUAGUGACGAGGAGGUGAAGGACCUGUGUGGGCCAAAUGAGCCAGCUGCCGCGGCUCGUUUGAUCGCCGCCUCUCCCAGCCCUGUUCUCUUCAGCUCCUCCCCGCCUCGAGCUCUCAAACCGUUGCACACGCCGGGCCGCCUCCCCAUCCGGCCCAUCAUCCUCAGCCACUUUGAACAGCCUUCCAUGCCUUAUUGGCGACACAGGCCAGCUUACACAGGAGAACUUGGUCGGCCCAGCCUGGACCUAGAGAAGAUGCAGCAGAAAAUGCUUCUUAAAAAGAACUGUGGUGGGAAGACAAGAACCAUCAAGAUUCGGAAUCUGAGUGGUGGCCGUCACGCUCCCAGAUACUCCUAUGAUCCUUCCAUCUUCACUUUCCGCUCACUGAGCAAUGCCCCACCCUGCAGUCCCCUGCUCCCCACUGAAGAUCAUCCGUGUGCUUGAAGGAAAGACUGGAAACUCAAAAACAAAACACUGCAAAUUUGUGGACCAAAAAUCCCCAACAUAAAGACAAUGUAUGUUUUUGCAUUGCCUUUUAUUUUGCAGGAUAUUAGUGUGAACAAAGGCCCCGUGAUAAGGCCUGUUGACAAAACAGGAAGUGUGAUCAGGGCCAGAAUGUACGAGAGGAACGAGGAGAUGGCAACCUUUCGCCUUUAGCUGUCUCAUCCUCUCUAUCUCUCAGGAAACCCACUUAGAACUUAAUAUUGAUGACAAGGCCACGACCACUGCAUUACAUGUAAAACCGCAACCAAGUGGUAACAGAAAUGAGGAGAGUUUGGUUAGUGGCCACAUGGUAAUGGUGUGACCAUAACAUUUUGGAAAAUAUCUAAGACCAUAUUGAAAGUAUUUGGUUGUUUGGACAGCAAAAUGUUUUGAGACAAUCAGUUUGAUGCCAGAAUGGGCCUUAAAUAAUUCAAUACAACUGGUUAUUGAUCUAAUAGAGUCAAUAGCUCUAUAAACAGGGUCAACCCAGAAAACCUAACAAUCCAACAUAAUGAAAAUACACACCAGAUUUUCCAUGUCAUUGUUCAUGUUUAGAUGUUAUGUAAGUGAAAAUAACAGUAUAUCAGAAUCUGAUGUCUCUUCCAAAGUAAUUAAAUACUAAGCAAAAAACAAAGAGAAAUACUACACACACACACACACACACAUAUACUAUAGUAUUUCAACAUUGUAUAUUACACCCCUUCAUGCGCUUUGUCUAGUAGCACAUUUAAGUAUAUAACGUGCAGUCUUUUACAAUGACAUUGUAGUUUAUGAAAUUUUUGACAUUGUUUCAUCUUAAAGAUUUAAUCAGGGAUGAAAUCAUAGCCCACACAUACACAUUGGCUAUAUUUGGAAUGGAAUACUAGUCUACUGCUUACUGCAUACUGUGCAGUAUACACUGUAUACUGCUCGAUAUAAAAAAUAAAAUAAAAAAAAUGCAACAACUAAAUUAUUACACUGUUAAUUGCACAAAUGAUGUCUAGUUAUCACAGAAAUAAAAAUGGUUUGCAUUUUUAAUCCAAUUUUGAGUAAAAUUGUUGUGGCACUUUUAUCAAAUAAUGAAUCAAGGAGAUUAGUUAAAAGUUGUAGGUCAAUCAUAUUACAUGUGAGACACCGUAUUCUGCAGAAAAUUUGAAUACUGUGCACAGUAUAAAUACUAUAUACUUCAGAAAUCAUAGUAUGGUAGUAUGCAAUUCCAAACAUUGUUAUUCUGAUGUGUAGAAAACAAAGUACAGCACUCAACAGGGGUCUUAAAUAAUGACCGUAAGCCUAUCCAUGCAGUAUAUUUAAAAGCUAAAAUCAUUUUGAGGACUUGAUUGUGGGUGUAGUGUACUCAGUAGCAUACUUAUUCUGCAGUACUCUUUGUUGAAUGUAAACAGAUACAGUGUGGAUAAAGAUCAAUAAGCUAGGCCAAUCAGAGGGCAAACAAUAAGUACAAUUAUUCGUUGUUGUACAAGUUUCACCUAGGUAUUACAUGUAUCUACGUGAAAUGAAUACAAUAUUUUAAAUUAAAUAUAGCUACAGGGGCAUAUAGUGCAUGCUUGCAACGUGAAAAGUUGAGGAAAAUAAAAAUUUCUUCCCA